UACAAAGGACGGGCAAGGUACGUACACAAAUUGAGUUCGGAGAUGAAAUUUAUUAGUGAAGAAGUCGGUUCUAACCAUUUUUUCUUCUCCGUUAAUCAGAUGGACGUCCUUACGAAGGGCUUCAGCGUCGUUGCUUCUUACUAAUCAUUUCCGGAUGCAGAUUAGUAGGCGCCGCUUUGCACGUGCCAAGAAAGGUACAACGAAGUUCCAAGCCACAUUCCGAGGAGUACAAACCCGUCGGCUAUUGGCUGCCAUCAAGGUGGAAACCUAUUUCAGAAAAUGUCGUGCGAAUAGAGCUUUCAAGAUGCUCAGACGAGCAUCUAUCGCGUUGCAAUGUAAGAUCCGAGUUAGCAUGGCGAAGAAGGUUGUUGCCGGUCUCAAGGGCGAACAGAAGAAUAUCGGAAAGCUUCAAGAGAAUAAUGAACGUUUGAAGAUGGAAAUGAACAGUUUGAAGGCUAUGCUUGCAGCGCAGGCAAAGGAAGGAGCCUCAAAUGCUGCUCACUCGAACGAAUUGAAAUUGAAGCAGGAAGAAAUCACGAAGCUUGAAAAUCGCAUUGCUGAGCUUGAGGCCCAGCUUUCCGAACAGAAAGCACUUGUUGUCAAACUCGAGGUUGACAUGCAGAAACAAAGGGAACAAGCAGCUCAUGAUCUUGCCAAUGCUGCUCAUAGAAGACAGCGAUCCGCCGGUCCACAUUCACCGAAACACAGCAAAGCCGCUACUGUUGACCCUGGUGCCACCCCUCAAAUGCCGUUGCCACCUUCAGAUUAUGUUAGCCCUGAUGUGCUGGCAAAACAUAAGAAGAAACUUUCAAAACUUGAGAAAAACCUUCGAGCAGAGAAAAAGCUUCGUCAAGAAGCGGAUGGCGAAAUCAUCAAGUUACGUGCCGCUCUCAACGGCGUUCAGCUCAGUGAAGCUGAAAUUAAGGAUCUUCUUUCGAAGAAACAAGAGGAGACGAAGACUACUGUGAGGUACGUGGCGGCAAAACAGUCAGCGAUAGCAUACAGAAUUGCAUAUGCGAUGACUGGGCGCAUAUUGUUUGUCUAAGUUUCUGUGUACACGUCAAUUUGUGUAUGUUGUAGAAUUGUGGUUAUUGUUGUAAUUUUAUUGGGGUUGAACUUGGCAAUCGUUUUGUUCUCUUUGCGUCGACGAUCAUCUUCCAUAAUGACGCGACAUUUGGUUGAAAAACUGAAAAUCGAGCUUGAAAUGAGUCUCCUUUGAWUUGAUAUGGUUUUCUUUUGUAAAUUAGGGGAAUUGAUAUAAUUGUGUUUCGGUUUUCUAGACUUCAAAAAACUAACAAAUCUUCAUCCUGGCGUCUCAUUAACAGAACCGGAGAAACACCGGAAAUUGCAGGUGCAGAACCAGAACAACCGAAGUCGAGUUUGGCAAGAGCAAUGGAAGGAAUUUCGUCUACUUUCGGAGGAGGUGAGAAACCGAAGGAAAAACCCAAAAUGUCCAUGGACUAUCUUUUACCAAAGAUUCGAAGAGGAUCGAAGGCACAGGAGAGCAACGAGGAUACUGUUGUUGUCGGUUGGAAGGCAGAUGUGAAGAGCAGAAAGCAGAGAGAAGAAGUUCUUCGGGACGACGUGCAUCGUUUCGAGUCUCAUAUGAAGGGUUUUGUUCAUUCCCUAGAAGACGGCGUAGAUGUGACCAUGUGGCAAAUGAACCGUGGCGAAGAGAAGAAUGCACCCGCCGAAUUUGCUUUGAAAGCAUCGCAUGUUACCGUUAGAAUUCACAGAAAAGGUGAUAUGUGGGUACAGGCCAUGGUGAAUUUCACUAUGCGUGGUGGAUAUCUGAGUAAAGCGAUCGGGCGUAACCGUGGCGGUGAGUUUUUUUGUGCACUUUGUACUAUUCAUUUUUUGAUCAUGCACUGAUCCUUGUUUUUGUUUUUCACAAUACUUAAGCCAACAAAACUGCUCUUGAGCC